UUGGGGAACAAUGCAACUUUUAAAUAUUCAUUUUAUUAUUCUACAUUUUACAAAUUAUCACUUUUAUUCAUCGACUAAAACGAAUGGAACAAUUAUUGCAGAUUUUUGGUGCAAACACGGAUGUGAAUACUGUUGUACGAAGGAAUUUGAGAUAUCCAGUGAGAACAAGAUAUGUGAGAAUUAUUCAAAAUGCUACGUCAAGUAACAUCAGCUAUCGUUGUGAGUUCUAUGGUUGUCCGAUACCAAAAUUUGGCUUCUUGCCAACACUUGUUCCACCUCGUACUGAUGUCCCUACAACACGUAUGCCAGCCACUGAUGUCCCUACAACAGAUAUGUCAAGAUCCUCAACCAAAUCAACAGGUUUGUAACAAAUUAUUACCAAAACGUCAGAUAGGUCAUCUCGGCACAAUUUCCAAUUGAAAGAGAAAUUGUGAAGAGAAAAGGCUUGCUGGAGAGGUGGGUUUUUCUCUCUGAAAAAGUAAGUGGGUGUGUGCUAAUCACUUGUGGCUGAGAGCCAAGCUGAAUUGCGAAGGACGCAGCUCAACCUGAUAUAAUCUUAUAAUCAAUAUAAUAUAAUCUUUCUGACAUGAUUUCUGUAGGCACUGAUGACAAAUCAGAUGAUGAUGAUAAUACUGGCCUUAUAGUUGGUCUUGUCCUGGGUAUCCUGGCUGCAUUUAUACUCAUUGGUAUUGCAGUUUGGUAUUUUCACAAGAAGAAAAGGCAUUCACAUUCGUUUGGAAGUAUUAAUGCUAUGCCAAUGAAGGAAAAUGUGUCUUGAGUUCAAUACAUGAUUUUCUGUUGAUGUAGUUUAUUUAACCUGUUACCAGUAUUGGCUUAUAGCUGAGACUGUUUCAUAUGCCAUACUUCACAUGUGCUGAAUUGAAUUGUUUUUGAAAAACGACAGUAACCAUUUUAAUUAUGCUAUUAUAAGUAUUAAUCAAAUAAUCGUCAUCUGAAUCAGUUUCAGACGCCAAAUUUUUGCUGUACCUAAUUUUUGAAUUCAGCAGAUGUGAAGUACAUUAAUGAAGAUAUUUAAUUGUUUUUAAAGAUGUAACAAUAGUUUUUUCAGUUCAUUGAUACUUUAAGUAUUCUGUACUAAACUAAUGGACCUAAUGAGUAUUAGCAGUCAAUUAGACUUGAAGUAUCACCAGUUGUUGGUAUAUAAUGUUGUGUUAAAGUUCUAAUGCAAAAUAAAUUUUAUCUUAUUGCAUUAUACAACAUUUUUAUUUAUUGCUAGUAGUGUGUAUUAUGCUGGUUGUGUUUUUAAAAAGGUCUAUUCGUCGUCAACAGAAGUCUUAUUUGGGUAUGUUAUAGCAAAGUUCGUCAACCAAUUUCCGCUCACUUGUUAGAACUAGACAAGAAAUAAAUAACACCUCAUAAAAUUGACACCUAAUUUCAAGGCAAUUUGCGCCUUUUCAAGGGAUUACUAGCCUGCGGUGCAGACGCUUCGUAUUUCAUAAUUUUUUUUUUUUUUUUUUUUUUUUAAUUUAAUUCGCCCAAUUUAAUUACAAAAAAAAUUUGAUUAUUAUAUUUACAUGUUUAUUAUUUAGGGCUAGGGGCCUACUAGAAACCAUCAAAAGGCUUUUGAUUAAGACCCCUAGUUACAUUUUAAAUUACAAAAUAAGGAUCCUAUUUACAAACAAAACUAGGUGACAGUGCUUCAAGUGAGGUGCAAUAUGAUAAAGUAUUUACAUAUAGUGCUACAGUAAAUAAAAUGUUAUGAUCACAAAAGUAUAUUAUUAUUAAUUUAUAUAAAAAUUUGAUAUUGCAGAUGUUGUUUUGGUAGUAGUUUUUCAGUUAUUCAGUAUGUAGUAUUUUUUCGACUUUUUCUUGAAUAUAUAGUAAGAUGCUAUAUUUUUAAAGUUUGGGUCAAGAUUAUUCCAGAUAUCAACUCCCUUGUUAGAGAGUGAAUGUUUAACAUAGUUUGUUCUUUGAUAAGGCUUAUGAAGU